UGUAGUUGGCAAAAAAUGCACUGACAUACACAGGUCAUUCACUUUAGAUAAAAACGUUAAAAAUAGGCCGAUAUAUCGGUCAUAAACCAUGCAAAGAUAACUCUUAGAGAAAUUGUUUUGUGAGAUAAAGUCUAGUAAAUAUUUGAUCGUGGGAGUUGACAUUCCCAUUGGCAUUGUAACACUAAAGACAAGUUUGAAGAUCUGAAUGGAACGAGAAAAACUCCUGCAACAGAUGUAGUCAGCAUUGUUGAUGAAAAGAUGAAAUGUUUUAGUACACAUGAAGUACUUUUUGUAGCUUUGUCUAUACUAAGUCUACCUGGAUAUUUGUUUGGUCAAGAUAAAGUGGAAGAUAAAGUUCUCUUAUAUCAAUACAAUCAAUCUGAUAGUGUGACCAGCUGCCAGAUUGGUUUGAUUUAUCAAAGUGACAAACUGGUUGUUCAAGGACUGGCCAAUUUCAGUGGAGAAAAUGAUUUGUUGUCCUCCAUUAGUCUUGAGAUCUUGAAACAGAAUGUUUCCAAAUUUGAACCACUUUGUUUUGUUUACCCUAAUAAAGGAUGCAAUGGCUUUGAUGGGUUGUCCUGUUACUGUCAAAAUACAACACAGGCUGAUGUGUUUCAUUUCUUUGUGAACCAGACAGCCAUCACAGCCCACAGCCAUGCUAAACUGAGAGCUUUUUUAAGCUACACAAAUGGCAGUAGAAUUUCUAGUAAUGAGAUCCAUCUCCCUGGGAUCUAUGAUCCACUGGAGAGUACUAAGACAAGGAUUAGUGUAAAUGGAGAAAAAGUUGAGUCAGGUCCAGGGGAGUGCACUGUGGUUAUCUACAGGUCACAACUGAGUGCUGAUUAUUGGUGCCAUAGUCCAUAUUCACCUUGCUGGUUGGAAGUGUCCUUGAAUGGCUCUGUGCAGACCCCACAGCAGAACACAAGCCACGUCCACUUUGAGGCUGGGCAUUAUGUGCAGAACUACUCACUGGUCAUAUUCAAGCAGUCGGCUUGCCGCCUUGGAGAACAUGAGAAGGUGAUUCAGUGCUUUGUUUUAAAAGAAAUUGACCAUGACAGCUCAAAACAUUUGAUCUAUGUUGGAUAUUUUUUUGCUGUAUUUAUUCCAUUGACCCUUGUUAUUGUUCUGUGUUGUGUGGCCAUCAGAGUUCAGUGCUGGAGACGCAACGCCUGUUUGGUUUCAUGUUUUGCAAAAUUCUUUCAUCAGGACAUAAGACCUAAAAGUGUUCAGGGUCAAAAGUUUUGGGCUGAAACUACACCAUUCGAACUGAAUGAUGGCAGUGAUGAGUUUUAAAUAGACACUUCAAUGCCAACACUUACACAGUAAAAUCAAAAAGUGAAAGUACUGUCUUCAACUUGUGGAUGAUAAAACAGAAAAGCUUCACUCAACUCAAGAUGGAUUAAAUAAAGUUCUGGAUGAAAUGAUGGGAUUGGACAAGAGGAAAGUAUUAUUGUUUCAACUCUUACUUUUAAAAUAUACUCAAUCUAAAGCUUUUUGUUGUUUAAAGACACUAUCUCCUUCUGCCCCAUUUUCUAGUUUCGGGUAGAUCGGUGCAAUUAAAAAGAAACAUUUUUUUUUAACCUAUGCAUUAUUUGUUGUUUAACGUUUCUCUAUUCUACAUGAGAUGCAAUAUAUGUUUCUGGAUAUUGUGUAUGUUGGAAAUUUAAAACCUAGAAAUAUAUUUUUAGCAGAAUUAUUUUUUGUUUGCAACCACAGUAUUUUUAUAUAAGUUUUUGUAAUUUAUUGUCAAUUAUUUUGUGUGUUGUAUAAUUUUGUAUGCUGUUUACACUUGAGCUUUAAAGAACUAGUCUUGUGGUGGUUUUGAAAUGAAACUAAAAAUGUUUUUAUCACUUGCUGAACGGCUGGGCAAACUUAUAAUGUACCAUGGUAUAUAUUGUUUGUUUUCUGUUGGGGAAGUCAUCAAUUUUACAAAUUACAAGUUUUAAAAAUGUGUUGAGUAAGUCUCUGUUUUUUUUUUCUUCCCCUGUUCUGGAUAGAUUGGUAUUUCUGAUGGUUGACUUACUCCCUCAUUUUAGGCCAGUUUGUUAGCAGUUUUAAUUACCUUGAUUUGUAUGUGUGCUGGAGUCUAUUGAAGAGCAGUUUCCUUGAUAUUAUUUUGUAAGAAAACUUGUCAAGUUAAGGAUUAAUAUUUUGUCUAUUUUUUUUAUUCACAUUUUUUAUGUCAGUUUUUAUUUAGCUUUUUUUUUUUAUGUUUUACUCUUCUCUCCUUUUUGUAUUCCAUUAUUGCAGAACUCCUACUUUUUAUAAAUGUCUAUAGAAGUUGUGUUACCUCAUUUUCUUAUUGGCUUUUUAAAAAAUGUUUAUAUUGUGUUUUAUGCAAUUCUAGAUCUAUUCAGCAUUUACCUCUAAGAGAAAUGUUUAAGUUAGGUCACAGUCUUUUCUGAUGCAAUUUUGAAAUCCAUUGAAUAAGUCUGUGAAUUGGCCUUCAGUUUUAAAUUUAAACAAUUUAUUGUACAAACUUUUGAAAUGUUAUUGGCCAUCUUCAAUGUUUUGAUUCAUUAACUUUUAACCGAAACAAAAAUGUGCCCAAAAAAUACAAUUCGGUCCAUUUCCCUUUCUUCUGCAAGCAACUGCUUGUUUUUAUAGGUCUCUUUUAUAAAGUUUUGCCUUCAAGUCUGAAGUUUGAGGCAGAGUGUAGAAAUUCAUGAAGCUAUGGAGAUCUAGUAAUCUCUUAUACUGAACCUAGUAAAACAUACAGUAUUUUUGUGUUCAUGCCAUAAGAUUUUCAAUGCAUCAAGUGCAGCAAGACAUAUUUUAUUGUGAUUUUUUUUUUUCUUCAAUACUAAAUCUACCAACAUUGUAAAGUUUUAACUUUUUUUUGUUUUUAAUUGAUUACCUCCCUUGUGAGCACUGCUGAAUCAGUGUGUGUAUUUGCACUCUCUGCUUGUGAAUGUUUUUUUUUUACUGGGCCAAGUAAUGAUCAUCUUUUUCUGUAGAUACUUUAAGGACAUUAAGUCACUGUAGGCCAUUUAAUUCUGAUGUCACUUUAGGCCAUUUAAUUCUGAUGUCACUUUAGGCCAUUUAAUUCUGAUGUCACUUUAGCAGGCCACUUGUUUUGUUUGUUUUACAUGAACAGUAAGGAGAUAGAUCAAAGAGCGCUUAGUUCAAGCUCAGUUAAAGUGUCCCCUUGAAAUCUUCACUGUUUUCAGGACACUUGAUGCUCAGUUGACCUGCUACGUUUGCACUAGUUCACAUUCUAGCAAGCACAACGCCCACCUAACUUUCAUCAACAAACAUCACAUAACCAUUGAAGCUGGUUGGACUUGGGGAUAAUCAAAACAAUAAUGAAAAUAAAUUCAAAACUCAAAACCCCUCCAAACAAAUAUUGGCUAUAGGAUCCGAACUAUUAACCACCAGACUGGGAAGGCAGAUGUCUUACUACUCCACCACCAUGUCCCCAUCCCCUGUAUUCUAACAAAAACAAUGUUUCGGUGUUGUUGACUUUAAUGAAUACUGUUUAUGACUAGUCAUUAAAACCAAAUGUUCCAUUGUUGGCUUGACCUCUUUCUUUUGCCUUGAUACAAAUCUAAUGUGCAAUAAUGUUUGUAUGUUUCUUGUUUCAUGGCAAUUCUACAGCCAUUUACAUUUUCAUGCAGAGCAACCAAUUAUGGUUUUGUUUUCUAAUAAACUUUUAUGCACAGCAUUUUUUAAACUCAUGAUUUAUACAUUGAGACACGUCACUGCAAUCAUUUUUUUUUUUGUUUUGUUUUGGUGAUGGCCCAUGGAGUAAUAUAGAUCUUGACAAAGUGGAUUUCUUGAGAUAUGCAAAAUAUUGUGAGAUAAGUAGAUUUGUCGUAUUAAAGUUAAUUGUAAUGUAGAAUUUCUUAUACCAGUGUGUUUGAACAAUAUUGUUAAUUUGAUUUUUUUUAAAUACAGAUUAAUAAGGAGCUUUAAUUCAUUUCAUUUUUAAUUACUUAUUUCCACACAUCUAUUCUUACAAAAGCGUUAAUAUUUUUUCUCUUUGUAUCUUUGUUCCAUUUCAUAAAUAGUUUUUCUUGUAAUGAUUUAGUACGUAAAUCCAGUCUUGUACAUGAUGAAUAUUCUUUGCUAAAUUGUUUUCUUCUGUCUGUUUUGAACUUUCUGAUGACCAGAGAUAUCAAGGAAUGUGGUUUAGUCUGAUACUCUUGUCCCUGGUUAACAAUGGGGUUAGGGACCAGAAAUUCAACUGUUAAGCAUGGUUAGUCAUGGUUAGUGAUCUUAGAUUUGGGUUUGGUAGUAAUUAUUUUUUAAUAGUAGAAUAUGUAGUAGCUUUUUUUUCUUUUGACACACAUCACCUGUCUAUGUCAAUGGUUUUUCUGGGUUUCUUAGCAGAAGAUUUUGUAGGAAUUUUACUCUUCUUUUUGUCUACCAUGUUGAUGGAAUACAUUUUGAUUGUGAAAUUGUAAGAAGUAUAAAAAAGACUAACAAAAGUUCUUGUGCAUGCAUAUAGUGUGAGAAAAAG